AUGAAAGUAUUUCAAUUUCAUAGUGAUUCAGAAAAGAAUCACGAAAAACCCACAACGAGAAUUAAACCAACAAUCAAACCGAUAGUAAUAUCACCAAAUGAGUACGAUGAAAAGAGAGGCUACGCGCACCAGAACAUGGAACCCGACUUCUGGAAAACGAGAGCCGAAGAAACAGCACGACAACACGACUCGGAACGACAAUUAUACCAAGAAACAUUCAUCGAAAACAACAAACUAAAACAAGAAGUCGCUCGCCUCGAUCGUUGGGUUGUUCACUUGCAAGAUGCGAACGAGCAGGCCGCGCAAGAUCUAAUAAAGAACCUGGACACGAUCGAUGAAUUGAAGAUAGAAUGGGAAGAAGCAUGUAAGAAUUUAUGUCAUGUGAGUGCACAUCGAGAACUUGUGACAGAAAACGAAGUGCUGCAAAAACGGGUGAAAGAGCUGCAGAAAGUUAUUACGGAUUAUAACAAGUCUCGUAGAAUAUCUGAGCAACAGCAGCAACAAAAGAAUGCUGAAAAUAAAAGUAGGCUCGCUAAUCAUAAAAAUAAUAAGAACAAUUCUUAUAGUCUAGAACAACUUAAAAUCGAUAUAGAGAAUUUGGCAAUUGCAUUACGUAAGACGACCUCGCUACAAAAUAGUGGUUUCGUAAUCAACGAAGAAGCAGCAAAACAAUUGCUUGAUCAGUACGACGUGAAAUAUUAUCCAGGCGAACAUUUACCCAGGAAUCUAAUUAGUGCAGCUUUACAACGUCGUAUAAUCGAGACAGUAUUAAAUGGAAUGAACACUCAUUUCAACUAUUCUGUCCGCUCGAACGAUAAUUCAGCAAUUGACUGGAGUACACAACUACUCCGCCGCAAGUCAAGAUCCAAAGACCACUCGAAAUCAUCAAAAAAAGAAAACGGGAUAGAUCGACAAAUAGUAUCCACAAUGGAAAUACUGGCCGAACAAUUCACCGUAUUCUCGAAAACAAAUCCAGACGCAAAACUUUUGUCGGACGACUCGAAAAUACAAUUGCGACAAUUGAUCUUCAAUUUACUCGGUUCUCGCACUUUCGAAACAUCCGAUUCGUUGAUUAUCGAUUCAAUAUGUGCAGAGAUUCUUGAAGGAUUAGAAGAAAUUCGCACAAUUCCAUCCAGCAAGCAACGCGUUCUGUUAAAAAAACAGGACGAACAAACGAUACGACAAUGUAUUUCCACUCUAUUCUUUAAGCUUGCCGCGCAACAUCCUAAACUGCAUAUCGAAUGGCUGCAAAAGCGAACUCCUGUCGAUGAAUCCAUAAUGGAUUUAACUUGGAUUGACGACGACGAGUCGAUCGAAAUUUGCUCUUUUCCAUUGAUUAAGGUGACAGAGACUGGUGAAAUUGUGUUCAAAGCACAUGUUGAGGCUUCUUCGGAAGGAACGAAAUGUGGCGAUGACAAUAAAGUUGCUGAAACCAAAUCAAUCAUCACAGGUGUAUCUCAAUUUACCGAAGAGCCAGUGUCAAUUAAACCAACUACAGAAGCUCCUAAAAAAAAAAAAGAACCGGUUCAUGUUGCCAAAAUAAUCAUCCCCAAAACGACCUCCAAAACAACAAUUCCAAAAUCUUCAUUAACAUCCUCAAUGACAACAAGCAAAAAAGAAUCGGUUCAUGUCGCAAAAAUAAUAAAACCCAAAACGACCUCCAAAACAAUAAUUCCAAAAUCUUCAUCAACACCCUCGAUAACGACAAAACCAACGACACCAACAGUACCAAGAAAAGCUGCUGACUCCUCGUCUUCUCGACGACAAUCAACAUAUAUGGGAAGUUUGGCAUCGUGGGCUACAUCAUAUGUUCCGCCAGUUGUUCAAACCACUGUUCAAACAAAUAUCACGAAAAUAGUUCCCACGUCUGUUCAAUCGAAAUUCGAUCAAUAUCUUCCCAUGCACUCUGAAAAUUUAGCCUGGAUUUAUCAAUGUGAUUUACAUACACGUAUAAAUAUCGCCGAUAAUCAAAGGAUUUGUGUCUCGUGA